AUGGAGGGCGGAGCUGGACAGCACUGGACUGAGGAGGAGGUUAAAGCUUUACUAAGUGUUUGGGCAGAAAGAAAUAUAGGAAAACAACUUUAUGGGACACUGAGAAAUAAAGGAAUACUUAUUUACAUUGCUACAAGGCUGCAAUCACUAGGCAUAUACAGAGAUUGGAAACAGUGUCGUGCAAAGUAUAAAAAUCUCAAGUAUAAUGAACGCAGGACAGUUAGGCAUGCCCACAACUCAGGAGACAGCUCUAGAACUAUGAAGUUCUUCCACGAUUUUGAUGCAAUCCUGCAGGAUGAACCCACCACAUAAUUCACAGAGGAGGAGGAUGGCCACAGCAGGUACCUGGCAACCCUGGGCUCCAGUACCGCCCCAGAGAUUACCGGAGAAUUAUCUGAAGGUCAUUUUGAAAGCCAAGGAACUGUAACAAGGAAAAAGCACUGCUUUUCUGGUGCUGUUGCUGAACCAGUGUCUAUAUCUCUCAAGAAAACUUCUCCUGAGAUCAUUUAAAUAAACCAGUUUCCUGAAAGCUUAACAGAACUAGAAGAUUCUACAGAAUGUUUCUUCCAACAGGACCCUCAACUUCAUCAGAGCGCUGGUUCUCUUUCCCGCGCGGGCUACACUUCCGUCCCACCGCGGAUAAUGGCGACAGCUGAGGUACUGAACAUUGGGAGAAAACUCUAUGAGGGCAAGACGAAAGAAGUCUACGAAUUGUUAGAUUAUCCAGGAAGAGUCCUCCUGAAGUCCAAGGACCAGAUUACAGCAGGAAAUGCAGCUAGAAAGAACCACCUGGAAGGCAAAGCCGCGAUCUCCAACAAGAUUACCAGCUGUAUUUUUCAGUUGUUACAGGAUGCUGGUAUCAAAACCGCUUUCACCAGGAAAUAUGGGGAGACUGCUUUCAUUGCACCCCAAUGUGAAAUGAUCCCAAUUGAAUGGGUGUGCCGAAGAAUAGCAACUGGAUCUUUUCUCAAAAGGAAUCCUGGUGUAAAGGAGGGAUAUAAGUUUUACCCACCAAAGGUGGAGAUGUUCUUCAAGGAUGAUGCCAAUAAUGACCCACAGUGGUCUGAAGAGCAGCUCAUUGCUGCAAAGUUUUGUUUUGCUGGACUUGUUAUAGGCCAGACUGAAGUGGACAUCAUGAGUCAUGCUACACAAGCUAUUUUUGAAAUACUGGAGAAAUCUUGGCUGCCCCUUAACUGUACACUGGUCGAUAUGAAGAUUGAAUUUGGUGUUGAUGUAACCACCAAAGAGAUUGUUCUUGCUGAUGUUAUUGAUAAUGAUUCCUGGAGACUUUGGCCAUCAGGAGAUCGGAGCCAGCAGAAAGACAAACAGUCUUACCGUGACCUCAAGGAGGUAACUCCGGAAGGACUCCAGAUGGUAAAGAAAAACUUCGAGUGGGUUGCAGAUCGAGUGGAGUUGCUUCUGAAGUCAGACAGCCGGGGCAGGGUGGUAGUGCUGAUGGGUUCAACUUCGGACCUUGGGCACUGUGAGAAAAUUAAGAAGGCCUGUGGAAAUUUUGGGAUUCCAUGUGAACUUCGAGUAACAUCUGCCCAUAAAGGACCGGAUGAGACUUUAAGGAUUAAAGCAGAAUAUGAAGGGGAUGGCAUACCUACUGUAUUUGUCGCAGUGGCAGGCAGAAGCAAUGGUUUGGGACCAGUGAUGUCUGGUAAUACUGCAUAUCCAGUUAUCAGCUGUCCCCCCAUCACACCAGACUGGGGUGCUCAGGAUGUCUGGUCAUCUCUUCGACUGCCCAGUGGUCUUGGCUGUUCAACUAUACUUUCUCCAGAAGGAUCUGCCCAGUUUGCUGCUCAGAUAUUUGGGUUAAACAACCAUUUGGUGUGGGCCAAACUUCGAGCCAGCAUAUUGAACACAUGGAUAUCUUUAAAGCAAGCUGACAAGAAAAUCAGAGAAUGCAAUUUGUAAAAGUAAUUUUUAGGAGAAAAGUUAACAUUCCUAGUUUGGAUUAAAAAGAAAAGAAUUCAAGCAAAAUGAUUUCACAUCAGAGAAAACAAUUCAGUUUACUAGUGAACAAAUGAGCCUGGAUGUAUGGGUUGACAGAUUGUCAGUGAGUAUUUGUUACUGAUAUUCUCUAGCUCUGAAUAGUGAUGUAUCCCUGUAACCUCAUUACACCAGAGGCUGAGGCAGAAGGUCUAUAUGUUAAGAUUCUAUUGGAAAAAAAAAACUAUAGUUAGUAAAAUUGGUAUGACACUAUUAAAUUGUAUUCCACCUACUGUAUAGCCAUUGUUGGGCAGUUAUGUAACAUUAGCAAAGAAAUGUCAUUGAUGGAGCUGGAGCUGUGGCUCUUCCAGAGGAACUGAGUUGGUUAAUUAAGUAUGAUUCCUAAAUGCUAAUAAUGACUUUUUGUAAAUCACUAGUUGCUACUUGAUCUUUUGCAGUUCAUGAUUUGAAAAUUAAAAUACUUGUAUUGUUUAUGCUAAUAACAGUA